CUCCCCCUUUCCCCGUUGCUCUUGCCCUUGGGCCUCUCCCGCGAUGGCCGCCGCAGCCGGGGGGAGCUGCCCCGCCGAGUCGCUGGGCUAUUGCCUGGCCCAGCUGCGGGGCGGGGCCGAGCCCGCGCUGGGCCGGGCCCUGCUGGCCCUGCGGACCCGGCACAUCAAGCAGCCCGGCGGGAUCGAGCGGUUCCGGGCCCGCGGGGGGCUGGGGCCCCUGCUGGGGCUCCUGGCUGGGGCCCUCCGGCCCCGCCGCACCCUCGACCUGGCCCUCAGCAUCCUGGGCAACUGCUGCACCGAGGGGGGGAGCCGGGCCCAGGUGCGGGAGCUGGGGGGGAUCCCCUCGCUGGUUAUGAUCCUGAAAUCCCUUGGAGUCGAAAGUAUCCACAACCGGACAGCACGGGCCCUGGGCAACCUGGCCAUUGAUGUAGAGAACCUGCAGGCUAUCCAUGAUGCUGGUGCAGUGGCACCCCUGGUACAAGUCCUUGCCAGCUCCCAGGACAGCGAGUGCCUCCAGAGCAUCAUUCGGGCCCUGCGCAACCUGGGCGCCACCCCAGCGCACCGUCUGGCGCUGGCCCAGCAGGGCGCAGUGCGAGUCAUCUCCGAGCGCCUGGCUGCCAGCCCCGACGACCCCGCCCUGGCUGCUGCGGCUGCCCGGGCCCUGCUAGAGCUCACCAAGGGCUGCAGCCGGGACUGCGCCGAGCAGCUGAGCCUGGGGGGCGGGGUGGCGCCCCUGGUGGCGUUAGCCGGGCACAGCAAGCGGGCGGUGCGGGAGGCGGCCGUCUCGGCGCUGUCCAAUCUCUGCCUGCAGGGGAUGCUGCGGCCGGCAGUGGGCAAUGCCGGGGGCGUGGCGGUGCUGGUUGGGGAGAUCCAGCGCCGGCGCGGGGCGGGAGCCGCCGGCGCCAUCCUGCAGCCCCUGGUCAGGGCGCUGUGCCUGCUGUGCCGGGAGGCAAUGAACCGCAGCCGGGUGCGGGAGGCCGGCGGGCUAGAGCUGCUGCUGGCGCUGCUGCAGGAUGGGCGCCAGCGAGGCUGCCACGCCCGCGUGGUUGUGGCCUUCGUGGCCUUCUUCUAUGACCAGGAGGCGCUGGAGGUGCUGCAGGCCGGCGGGCUGGUGGCCCUGCUGGUGGAGCGGCUGGUGGCCCAGGGCCAGUGGGCUGCGCGCUGCGCGGAGGAGGACAAGGAAGAGGAGGGAGACAGCGAGGACGAGCGGGACGCUGCCUCCUUUGACUUCCCCCACGAGGGGCGACGGGAGAGCGGGGCACCAGAAGGGGAGUCAUCCAGCUUCCAGAGACUCAGGUCCUGGCUGCUCUCCGAGGGUUACAUUGCCAGUCCCGGCGACCUCUCCCCGCAGUGGUCCCCCGACGGCUCCCUCAGCCCCACCCUCGAGCUGCAGGACGACACGCCGGGGCCUGGCCGGCUGCCUGCGGGGCUCGGCUUGCCCACCUGCUUAGCUCCUCCGUCGCUGGAUCCGGCUGCCAGGGUGCAGUGCUUGGCACCCGUGGCAGAGCCGGACUCAACCGUGGCUGAUGGGAGCCAUGUGGCAGAGACGCCAGGUGCUGAGGCACCAGUCGUGGCACGUUUGGCUACAGCCAGAGCUGCCAGGCACCAUCCAGCGGAGUUGGAUCCAGGCACGGCACCAGAUUUGGCUGCCAGGCACCAUACGGCAUUGCCAAAUCCUGCCAGAACGGGUGACCACAGCGCAGCCCCCGUGGUGCUGCUGGCUACACCAAAGUCCACUGGGACCAAGAAAGACCAUCCGGCACAGAUUGCACCGGAUGCUGCCGGCAGCGCUCGGAACCUGCAGGCUCAGUUGCUGCUGUCGGCGACCCCGAAUGAGGAGCUCCCGCCAAACUUCGCUCUGACUGACCUGCAAAAUCCAGCACGGUUCCCGGCUGCGGCAGCCACCGAAGAGUUGUGUCCAGGCAUGCUGGUUCCAGCCGGGCCUGGCUGGCACGUCAUGGCACCAUCAGACGAGCCAGGCCCAGUGCUGGCACCGCCAAUUCCCACCGGGGCAAGCCAGUCUGAUCGGGCACCAAGCCCCGUUCCUGAGCAUCUGGGUCCGGUGUCACCAAUUCCCGCUGGGGCCAGCCGGUGUGAUUGGGCACCAAGCCCCGUUCCUGAGCAUCUGAAUCCAGUGUCACCAAUUCCCACCGGGGCCAGCCGAUCUGAUCGGGCACCAAGCCCCAUUCCUGAGCAUCUGCGUCUGGUGUCAGCAGUUCCCACUGGGGCCAGCCGGUGUGAUCGGGCACCAAGCCCUGUUCCCGAGCAUCUGAAUCCAGUGUCACCAAUUCCCACCGGGGCCAGCCGAUCUCAUCGGGAACCAACCCCAGUUCCUGAGCAUCUGAAUCCAGUGUCACCAAUUCCCACCGGGGCCAGCCGAUCUGAUCGGGCACCAAGCCCCGUUCCUGAGCAUCUGAAUCCAGUGUCACCAAUUCCCACUGGUGCCAGCAGAUCUGAUCGGGCACCAAGCCCCGUUCCUGAGCAUCUGCGUCUGGUGUCAGCAGUUCCCACUGGGGCCAGCCGGUGUGAUCGGGCACCAAGCCCUGUUCCCGAGCAUCUGAAUCCAGUGUCACCAAUUCCCACCGGGGCCAGCCGAUCUGAUCGGAAACCAAGCCCCGUUCCUGAGCAUCUGCGUCCGGUGUCACCAAUUCCCACUGGGACCAGCCGGUCCGAUCCGGCACCGAGCCCAAUUUCCAAGGAUCUACGUCUGGUUUCUCCGAUUCCUACUGGGACUGAGCAGCGCCUCCUUGCCAAUGACGUCCUGGAGCCCCAGCCCGCUGCUUUCUCCUCGCGGCGCCGCGGCAAAUCACGUCCCCAUCCAGACGCGGCCGCCUGCACGCCGGCUCCGUUCCGCCCCCCGGGCGAGGUCCUGGCCCCGCAGUUCUUGCUGUGGGGUGGGGAGGAGGAGCUAUCGGCCCCCGAGGCGCCCGCCCUGUUGCUGCUCUCCCGCUUCUCCCAGGCCGAGGACCCCAGCCGCAGCCUGGUGACGGGCCCGGUGCUGCGGGGGCUGCUGGCCUACGUCACCGGAGCCCCCGCCCCGCUACCCCGCUGCCUGCGGCUGUUGCACCGGCUCACGUGCAACCCCGUCUGCCUGGAGGCCUUCGUGCGCUGCCACGCCCCCUCCCUGCUGCGGGCCUGGCUGGUGCUGGGCGUGCCCCCAGAGGAGGCCGCCGCCGUGGGACAAGAGACCCCCAGAACUCCAGGCAGCGGGCACCGGCAUGGCAGGAGGUUCAAGGAGUUGGGCGAGACCCUGCUGUGCAAUCUCUGCGUCCAGGCUGAGUCGGCGUUCGGGGCGGGCGUCCUCACCCACAUGCUGCUCUCGGGCGCCGAGGCCGACCAAGUGGCUUGUGCCAUGGCCCUGCCCCUCAUCUGCAGGAAGAAGUCCCUCUGCCGGAGGCUGCUCCUGGAGCACUCUGGCCUGCGCCUCCUGCUGGCUGCCUUGACACGUGGUGGACCGCCCUUCAUCUUCUACGCUGUGGACUCGCUCUCCCUGCUGCUGGGUGCUGCCGCCCCCCUCCCCUGCCCCGCCCGCCCCCAAGCGCUCCCGGCUGGCAGCUCCCCGCCGUGCCCCUACGAGCGGCUGGUGAAGGCGGGCGGGGCGGACCUGCAGUUCCGGUUGGACUCGGGCGCCCUGGUGCUGGCCUCGCGCCAGGCCGCAUGCGCCGGCUCCGACGUCCUGCGGGCCAUGCUGGCGGGCGGGUUUGCUGAGGCGCGCCAGGCCCUGGUGCCCAUCCAUGGGGUGGCGCCUGCCCCCUUUCUGGUGCUGACCCACUUCCUGCAUGGCUGCCGGGGUGAGCCGUGCCCGGCCCUGGGGGGCCCGUUCCCACCCGGCGAGGGGGAGCUGGCGGAGCAGACGCUGGCGGUGGCCGAGCAGUUCCUGCUGCCCGAGCUGCAGGAGCUGGUAGAGGCGGCGUUGUGCCGGCAGUACCUGCGCCCUGGCGCCAGCCUGGACCAGCUGUACCGGCUCGGGGAGCGGCUGGGCCGGGGGCAGCUGCUGCGGCGCUGUGCCCGCUACGUCCUGCUGGGGGCGUCAGAGGAGCCCACCAGCCGAGCGGCCGCGCUGGCGCGGAUCCUCCGAGUCACCAGUGACCCCAAGGGACUGGCCCAGGAGCUGCUGGCGGUUGCCAUGGAGACCCCAUGGGGAGUGGGCACUGAUGGGACCUAGGCUAGGGGGCUGGCUGAGGGCACUGCCUGUGCCCCUCUGGAUGCGGGGCUGGGCUUAGGGCACUCUCUGUACCCCUCUGGGUGUGGGGGUUUGGGAACAGAGGGGUUUGGAGGUCAGGGAGCUGUCGGGGGGGAAAUGGGGUCAUGGAAAGGUAAGGAAUGGGGAUAUGGGACCCCGGUGGCGAGAGGAAUCAGGGCAAUGGGGACUAACCACUGCCCCCCAGGAAAGUUUGGGAUCCCUUCUCUGUUGGGUGAGUUGUUCUUCCCCACCCCUCCUCCCCCCCAGGCCAUGGCACAGGGUGAGAGCCUGCCUGCAGCCUCCCCCAAGGAAGGGAUUGUGGUGUAGUGGGGGGGUGCCCCUACUUUUGCAGCACAGGGCACCCCAAUUCCCCACCUGAGGCCAUGGAGAGCAGUUUGGGGGGCCUUGACUGGAGGGGGGCUCAGUCCCUGAUCUGCAGGGUACCCCUCAGUCACUGGGCAGGGUAGUGUGUGCUUUGUCUGCACAGAGAGAUGCCCACACCUUUUUUUCUAGGUCCCAGGUAGGGCAGCUCUGGGGGGUGCUCAGCGGUACCCCCCCAUGCUGCGGGGAGCGGUGACAGGCGGCCGGGGGCCCUCAGCGGUACCCCCCAUGCUGCGGGGAGCGGUGACAGGCGGCCGGAGGUGCUCAGCAGUGACAGGCGGCCAGGGGCGCUGCUUUCUGCUGGCGAGGGGAUGGGUGUGUACGAGUGGAAUGUAUUGAAUAAGCUAUUGUACGUGGAGAAAUACAGGCUGGGCUUCACCAUG